AAUGGAUUUUUCCCCCCUGCACAUGCAGCUGUGGUGAGCUUCGUAGAGACCCUGGUGGAGAGGACAGUGGCCCUUCCCUGUAAAGCAACGCUCCAUCCCCAAGGGGACACGCCCAACCUCCUCCUCUUCUACAGGCACUCCUCAAACAUUCCCUUCUUCAGCUACGACGCCCGCAACGGGGAUUUCUGGAGAGCGGGAAACUCUAAGAUCCGCGACGCAAGAUAUGAAGGUCGCGUUUCCCUUAAUCUGACGCAGCCACAGCGGGUACACCUUAACCUGAAGGGCGUCUCCCUGCAGGAUGAAGGAGACUUCACUUGCAGGGUUGACUUCCUUAGUUCUCCUUCUCUCACCUCUAUUGUUAAGCUCAAGGUCUACGCCAACCCCAGUAGCGGUCCCACAGUGAAGGUGGGAACAGGGCUCGGUGGAACACCCAUCAGAUCCCGAACUGAUGUGGGUCCCUUCCAUGAAGGGGAGAAGCUUAACCUCUCCUGCAUCGUCACUGGUGGAUUUCCGUCACCGACGGUAACGUGGUGGUGGGGCGUGAAGCUCUUGGACAACAGCAGCUUCGUUGUCAGCAGUAGUGGGCCUCCACAGACGGUUAACGAACUGGUGGUGGGGCCCCUCACACGGGAGCUGGUCGCGGUGCCCUUUACCUGCAGGUCCGAGAACAAUCCCCUAUCGCCUCAUAUGGACCGAACCAUUCACCUCAAGAUUCAUAUGGCGCCCCAGGGCGUGGACCUGCGGGAGGCGGAGACGGUCCGGGCGGGUCUGGAGGAGAGGCUGGAGUGCAGGGCCAAGGGAGCUUAUCCAGAGGCCAACAUCACCUGGACCCUUGACGGCAAGAGGCUCAAUUUUACCGCCAAAGAGACGCGACAGGUGGGCAGCGAUACGGUAUCGUGGGUGAGGUUCGUGGCCUCUCCGAAGGACAACGGAGCUGUGUUGACAUGCACGGCGUCGUCCUCCACGCUGCCUGACCCGCCCGUCUCUGCCAACUCCACCUUAAAUGUUACGCACGCACCUCUAGUCCGUCUUCAGCUCGGGGCUACACUGAGACCACAGCACAUCCGUCAGGGAGAUGAUGUCUAUUUCGAUUGUCUGAUCGUCUCCAAUCCUCCAGUGCAGCGAAUCACAUGGUACAAGGAGGAGACGGAGGUGCGUCACCAGAAGACCGCGGGGGUGUUGGUAGGGGGUACGAACCUGGUGUUGCAGAGUGUGCAACGCCCCGACGCAGGCACCUACACCUGCACCGCCACCAACGUGGUGGCCACCUCUCGCAGCAACCCUCUUACACUCAGCAUACAGUACGGGCCAAUGUGCGCACAGGAGCGAGUGACGGUGACGGCUGUGGAGGGCGAGGUAGUGACGCUACAGUGUACAGUGGACGCCUACCCAUCCAAUGUCACCUUCUAUUGGCUCUUUAACAACACCGUCGACUCCACGCGAUUCAGGCCGGGUGAGUACACAGUUGAUGGGUCUGUGUCAAGACUGCGCUACGUAGCCUACUCAGCCAGGGACUACGGCACCGUCUUCUGCUGGGCCUCUAACGUGGUUGGGCAUCAGAAAGACCCUUGUGCCUUCACCCUUCAGCCUGCAGGAGCCCCAGACAGUGUGCGUGACUGCGUUCUGACCAACCAAUCAGCAGGCUCGCUUCACAUCACUUGUAAGCCCGGGGCUGAUGGUGGACUAACUCAGACCUUCAGAGCUGAAGUUUACGCCGGCGGGACGUCGAAACCAGUCCGGGUGUUGGAGGGGAUGUCCCCGAUCUUCACGCUAGAGGGCUUGGCUCCUGGUGGCGACUACGUCAUCACCCUCACAGCCAUUAAUCGCAAGGGCGCCUCUCCACCUAUCUCACUAGAAGCCUUCACUCUCAAAGUGGCCGAGAACAGAAUGAUUUCCUCCCCACCCGCUGUGUCAGUCUCGGGGGUGUCGAGCAACCAACCCGAGCCCGAGGAGUCUACUGGAGGAGCUGUGUCGCCUCUCCUGGGCGUCUUCCUGGGAGCUGUGGGAGUCUUCCUCCUCCUGGUGGCGGCUGCUGUCUUCAUCACCCGUCGACACUGUGGCCGAGGCGCCGGCCUCACCCCUGACCUGGUGGCAGGGCAAGAGCUGGAGACGAAGAGCGAGGGGAGCGAGGUAGUGACGGGGAGCAAAGGAGAGUUGAUCGACAACCAAGAACUCACUGAGGCAGACCCCUUCCUGGCCACGUCAGAGUGCAGCACGGGGACAGCUUCCACCCCAGCCAGCGUGGGCGGCGGGGGCGCGGUGUUCACAAUUCCCGCCCACAUUCCGCCCCCGCCUCAGUAUUGCUCCGCCACUUGCAACGACCUGUCGCCCACGCAGCACGCACUACAGCACACCGCUGCUACCCAGCACACUAUUUCAUGCUCUUCGGGUAAUCAGCACACGCUUUCACGCUCCUCGGAUAGUCAGCACUCUCUGCACCAUGCUCUUAGCAGCCAGCACUCUAUACAACGCUCAUCUCCAUUACAGCAUUGUCUCCAGCGAUCAUCAUCAGUGGAACGGGGCACGGGGCUGGGUUCUCAACACUGUCUAGCUAGGGCGUCCCCGCCGCUACGUCAACAGCACCACGGGGCGCCCACCUCCUUCAACAUUCCGCACCCACAGAUGAUUUACACCACGGGGACAGACGUCGCCCUGCAGCAGUGUCCGGGAUUGCCUCAGACGUCCCAACCUGCCGCUAUUCACUACGUGCAGCCGCACCCAGGCUUAGCAGGUGAGCUCCCAGCUGGUAUGACCGCCCCUCACGCGGGGGCGGCUUCGGUGUCACACCCCCAAGCCCCGCAUCACAUAGGUGUAGGUCUGGCGCCAAGCCAGCUUGGAGGACAGCAUCUUCAGCGCACUCUGGUGUCACAAGGAAGCAUAGAACAUGCAGGCGAACCUUUAGUGCCGCACUGCAGCCCCAAGAGCAGAGCCAAGCACGUCACUUGGACCGGUGGAGCCUCUCGAGGGGAGGAGAGUGCCGUGUGAGGGAGGACUGAUGAGGGGGGACUCAUCAGUCACUCUUGAACUGAUGAGUCCCCAACACGGAGAUGAGUCAAGUGGCAGCCUCUUCGCCUUUUUCCUAUAAGUUCUGAUCUUUAAGGAACUCUGCGGUCUAUUACCUCUAAGAUUUACUUUAUUUUUCUGGCAUUCACAUCAUUCACCUCACAAGAACACAUUCAAGUGUUCGUCAUUACAAUUAUUAAUGCAAAUUUAGAAAUAACUACAAGUGCAUUCACGUUCAAUAGGCGGAAAAUUUACUUUCAAAAAACUAAUUAAGGUUCACAAUGACGAAUAUUUGGUACAUUAACAUCCAAAUAUGAAUUUCGUGCUACAUAUAU